AUGCCACGUGGAAGAGCGACCGCUGCAACCAAGAAAACUGCAACUGCACAAAGUAAUGUAAAGAAAAAUAAAUCUCAACACAAGGAUGAAGCCAAUUCACAAAUAAAAUUGCAAGAUCAGGAAAUAGAGCCAGAGGAAGACAUAAGCUACGCUCAAAAUAAAAGUCCCAGUCUAGAUUUAAGCAAAUUCAAAUAUGAAAAGAAACCUCACAUCAAAAUUGAAUAUGAAAACGAAUCUCCAGUCAAACAGGAAGCCAAAGGCCUUUGGGAACCACCUCACUGGCAGGACUUUCUCCUCAACCUGAGAAACAUGAGGGCCAAUAAAGAUGCCCCCGUGGAUACUAUGGGUUGCCACAUGUCUUCUGAUCCUACAGCACCACCUGAAGUGAUCAGAUACCAGCAUCUCAUUUCCUUGAUACUAUCAAGCCAAACAAAGGACGAGGUUACAUUUGCGGCCAUGGAGCGACUUCGAGAGAGAGGGCUCACCAUAGACAAUGUGCUGAGCAUGAGCAAUGAUGAACUGGGGAAGCUGAUAUACCCUGUGGGAUUUUGGAAGACUAAAGUGAGGUACAUAAAGAAGACAACACAAACCUUGAAAGAGCAGUACAACGGAGACAUACCCGACUCGGUAGAGGAACUUUGCAAGCUGACUGGAGUUGGCCCCAAGAUAGCACAUAUUUGUAUGAGUGUUGCUUGGAACAAGGUCACUGGCAUAGGUGUUGACACCCAUGUGCACAGGAUUAGUAACAGGAUAGGUUGGGUGAAGAAGCCAACAGCCACUCCGGAAGACACCCGCAAGGCCCUGGAGGACUGGCUGCCUUUUGAGCACUGGGGUGAGGUCAACCACCUACUUGUAGGCUUCGGACAAACUAUCUGCCUACCCAUUGGCCCAAACUGCGAGGAGUGCUUAAACAAUGACAUCUGCCCUUCUAGAGGCAUAAAGUCACCUAAGAAAACAACUCCCAUGAAAGUUAAAGAAGAAAUUGACCCACUAGAUGUUAAGAUAGAAAAAGCUGUGAAAAAAGAUUUGAAAAACUUGAAACUUGAUGGAGAUGGGGUAACAUUGAAUGUUCCAAAUGCAAAAGUUCCAAAAGUGAGAAAAAUAAGUCCCAAAAAAGAAAUUGUAAAAAAUGAAGACAGCAAUCAAGAAGUCAAUUUAAAAAUUCCUGUCGAUUGUCAAUCAAGUGCUGAUACAAAGGUACAAAGGAAAAGGAAAGUUACUCCUAAAAAUGCUGUGAAAGAGGGAGUAAUAGAAGAUAGUGCUGAAAAUUUAGCAGCUGUAUCAAAUUCAGAAAAUUUGCAGCAAAGAAAAAGAAAGGUUACACCUAAAAAAGCUAAAGAGCCAGCUGAAAAAGCUGUGAAAAAAGAUUUGAAAAACUUGAAACUUGAUGUAGAUGGGGUAACAUUGAAUGUUCCAAAUGCAAAAGUUCCAAAAGUGAGAAAAAUAAAUCCCAAAAAAGAAAUUGUAAAAAAUGAAGACAGCAAUCAAGAAGUCAAUUUAAAAAUUCCUGUCGAUUGUCAAUCAAGUGCUGAUACAAAGGUACAAAGAAAAAGGAAAGUUACUCCUAAAAAGGAUGUGAAAGAGGGAGUAAUAGAAGAUAGUGCUGAAAAUUUAGCAGCUGUAUCAAAUUCAGAAAAUUUGCAGCAAAGAAAAAGAAAGGUUACACCUAAAAAAGCUAAAGAGCCAGCUGAAAAAGCUGUGAAAAAAGAUUUGAAAAACUUGAAACUUGAUGUAGAUGGGGUAACAUUGAAUGUUCCAAAUGCAAAAGUUCCAAAAGUGAGAAAAAUAAAUCCCAAAAAAGAAAUUGUAAAAAAAGAAGACAGCAAUCAAGAAGUCAAUUUAAAAAUUCCUGUCGAUUGUCAAUCAAGUGCUGAUACAAAGGUACAAAGGAAAAGGAAAGUUACUCCUAAAAAGGCUGUGAAAGAGGGAGUAAUAGAAGAUAAUGCUGAAAAUUUAGCAGCUGUAUCAAAUUCAGAAAAUUUGCAGCAAAGAAAAAGAAAGGUUACACCUAAAAAAGCUAAAGAGCCAGCUGAUGUUAGCUCUAUUGAAGAAUGCUUAACAGUACUUAAUAUCUGUGAUAAAAAAGAACCAAGAAAAAGAAAAGUUACACACAUAAAAGAAAGUAAACAAUCUGAUAAAAGUAUAAGUACAAAUAAUCUUGACAGUAAGGCCCCACAAAAAAGAAAGAUUACUCCCAAAAAAGCACAAUUACAACCAAAUCAAGAUGAUGAUGAUUUUGUGCAGCCAGAUUUACUUGAAGUUAAAAGUAAUGUGCAGAAGUCAGCUAAAGCAAAAAAAUCACCAGUCAUACGUAAAUCACCAAGGGUUCAAAGUAACACAGAUGACAUCAAACCUGCCAGUAAUAAAACUCGUAGAAAGAAAAAUUAG